AGAGAGAGGGCCAAAGAGUGAGGGGUUCAUGGGGUAGUCCGAAGCACCAUGGCCAGCAGUCUGUUUCGGUGGUCUCAUGGCCAAGACGGCCCCGUGAGUAAUGCGGACGGGAGGAUGAGUCGCCUGCUGUACAAGCCGAUUUGGGACGAGCAGGAGAGAGUACAAAAGAAAACCUUCAUGAACUGGAUCAACGCUCAUUUAGCUCGGCACGUUCCACCGCUGAAGCUAAACGACCUGAUCGAGGACCUGAAGGACGGCACGGCCCUGCUCGCCCUGCUGGAGGUGCUCUCGGGGGAGAAGCUGCCCAUCGAGAAGGGGCGUGUCCUGCGUCGCCCGCACUUCCUCAGCAAUGCCAACACGGCGCUCACUUUCCUCCAGGGCAAGAGGAUCAAGCUGGUGAACAUCAACCCGACAGACCUUGUGGAUGGCCGACCUUCCGUGGUGCUGGGCCUCAUAUGGACCAUUAUCCUGUACUUCCAGAUCGAAGAGAACACGCGACAGCUGGAGCGCCUGAGCCAGCUGAUGGAGCAGGAGGCGGGCACCCGGAGCGACUCGCCCUUCGCCGUCGCCUCCGAGCCUGGCACCAUCUCCCGCGACCGCCCGCCCUCCGUCACCCGCCGCUCCGCCGCCGCCGAGAAGUGGAAGCUGGGCGCGAAGAAGGCGCUGCUGGAGUGGGUGCGCCAGACGGUCACCAAGAAAUUCGGCAUCGUGGUCAACGACUUCGGCGGCAGCUGGCGGGACGGCAACGCUUUCUUGGCACUCAUACACUGCAUCAAUCCGCGACUUGUUAACCUGCAGAGUAUGGCGCACCUGAGCAACAAGGCCCGCCUGGACGCCGCCUUCCGCCUCGCCGAGAAAGGCCUGGGCAUCCCGCGCCUCCUGGACUCCGAGGACGUGGACGUGGACAAGCCCGACGAGAAGUCCCUCAUGACCUACGUGGCCUCCUUCCUGCACAAGUUCCCCGAGCCCGGCGUCACCCAUGUUCCGGAGUGUACCAGCCCGACGCUCGAAGCCACCACCGGAGAUGACAUGUUUAGCGAAAUAGAAAUGGAAUACACCGAAUUGACGACCUGGCUUUGUCACACGUCCAACUGGCUUGACACCCUGCACGACCCCGACACGCACGGGAACAUCAACUACGAGAGGUUCAAAGCCCUCAAGUCCGAAGCCGACGAGAAGCAAGUCAUCUAUGAGAAACUUGCCGGCCUCAUGGACUCUCAGUCGUCCAUGAUUUCCAUCACCUCGGACUCAUGGCAGGACAUUAUCGCCUCAUGGAACAAGGUGUCGCAGCAGCUGUCUCACUGGACGUGGCUCCUGGAUGCCUCCCUCCCUGGCGCCCUCGGACCUAUCGGCGAGUGGCUGAGUCGCGCCGAGGCCAUGCUGGGGACAGAGGACAAGCUACAUGGAAAGCAUGAUGAGAUCGCCAACCUCCUCAGCAAGAAGAUCGAGGAACACAAGGCCUUCUUCGCCGAGCUGCCGUCCAUCGUCACCAAGUUCGAAUCCCUCAAGAACUCUCCGGAUGCCAGCGUGAUUCCGCCGCAGCAGCUGGAGUACAUGGAGCUCCGCCUCAAGACGAUCGCCCCCCGCGCCGCCGUCAGGAAGAUCAAGCUCAAGUAUCUGGAGCAUCGGUACUGCCUCGUGGCCUUCCUGAUCCUGGUGGAGGCCAAGCUGAAGACGUGGGCGGUCAAGUACGGCAGGGAGCAGGAGGUCCAGCAGAUCCUGAGCGAGUACCGGUCCUUCGUCGGCACCAGGAACAUCUUCCAGGAGUUCGACCGAGCCUUCUUGGAGAUGCAGCAGGUGGCCGAGGCCUACAAGAAGGACUCGAAUCUCAGCAAAGCCGAGAGUGACGGGAUCGCCAAGUUCCUCCUGGAGAUGAACGAGCGCUGGAAGAACGUGUCCGUGGAGCUCCGUUGCAUCCAGUCCCUCCUGGAGGAAGUGAUCACCUACUGGCAGAAGUUCGUGGACUUGACCGAGCAGUUCGAAGUGUGGCUGGAGCGCGCGCUGUCCAUGGUCGGUCUGCCCGAGGAGGAGAAGAUGGAGUUCUUCCAGGACUUGGGCGAAUGGCGAGACAAACACACGCAGAUGAACGAGACCGGAAACUUCUUAGCCGCCACCUGCAGGCCCGAAGUGGCACAAGAGAUCCGCGAGAAACUCAUUACCAUAAACGCAAAAUGGGACGAACUCUUCCAGUACGUGCAGCAGUACCUCCACCGCGGACAGAUCCUGCGCACCAAGAACGACUACCGCUCGGGCCAGGAUCGCCUCGAGCUGUGGCUGGAGAGCGCCGAGGUCACCCUCAACACGACCAAUGUCUGCACCGUCGAAGCCGUCAAGGAAUACGCUGAGGAGCUCAAGAAACUGAACACUGAGGUCGAGGAGAUGGAGGUCCUCUUCAAGAACAUCUCCAAGUCCUUCCAGGCCCUCGUGCAGGAGCUCACCCCGGACGAGAUCGAGAGGAUGAUGUGGUCCUUGAAGCAAGAGAAGGAGGAACUGGUUCGAAUCCGCACCGCCAUUCCUCAGAAGACCUACUUGGCAACUCAGAUUAUCACGCAGCUGGAGGCAGUGGACUCCGGCGUGAAGGAAAUCAACAAAUGGCUCGACGAAGGAGAUGCUCUUCUGGCGUCCUUCAGUCUCCACGGGACGAACGAAAACAUCCAAGGACAACUUGACAAACAAAAGACCGAAGACCAGCUGUACUGCUUUACCUACACGGGAACCAAUGAAACCACACGACAGCAGUUGGAGAUGCACAGGGCGUUCUUCUCCCGCCAACUGUACUACAAGUCGAUGCUGGACACGAAGAACCGCGUUUACCAGAACCUUCUUCGAACCACUAACGGCGGAGAGAACCUCGACGUCCAAGAGCUGCAGGACACGAUGAACCAGCUCAAUGCCAGAUUCACCGAAGUGACCUCGGCUUCGGUUACAUGGGAGACCCGAAUGAGCGAGAGCAUCCGGUGUUGGCAGAGCUUCAAGGAGUGUGAGAGUGAGAUCACAGAGUGGCUUACAAGCGCCGAGAAGCUGUUCCAGGAGAAAGCCAUCACCACCAAGAGCUACCUGGAGUCUCACAAGGACUUCUUCAUCAACGCCCCCGAACACCUGCUCCUGAGGGUGGUGAACUCCGGCCAGGACCUGCAGAAGUACGUGGCGGAGUCCGAGCAGGAGGCGAUCAACGUGGCGGUCAAGAGCAUCCAGAGCCGCUGGGACGAGGUCAUGUGUCACGCCCCGCUGCAUCUGCUCAAGCUGGAAUUCCGCCUGGACGAGAAUACCUUCCAGAUGUAUGUGAGGGACAUCGAGAAGGAGUUGGCAGGCGAACAGAACUCCUACAACAAGGGCGAGAAUGUAGAAGCCAUUAGACGUAAACAUGAGGAAUUCUUCGCUGAAGAAUUAAUUUCCCGUAUUGAGGAGAUUCUCGAUAACAUGGAUGUCACCAGUCGAGAAUAUGGAAACAAGAAGAAUGACAAAAACCUGAUCGAAGACUGCCAGAAGUGCACAGCUCAGUGGCUUGAGCUCCAGACCCGCGUUGGCACAAUGGCCUCCCAGCUGGACCAGAUUCCCGAACGGUGGAGGGAAUACGAGUCUAAAGUGGAGGAGACAGUUGCCUGGAUGGAUGGUGUCAAUGACUGCCUGAAAGGUAUCAACAAGGAAGCUUCAAAUGCUCAAGCCUAUGAAGAACUGAAAGACAGAUUUGUGACCAUGUGCGGGGACCUGGAGAGCCGUCGUGAGUCCAUGAAGUGGCUGGUGCAGAUGCUGGACUCCCUGAUCACUCACAUCCCGGAGGAGGACGGUCAGUACGAGCAGCAGAAACUCGAGUCCCUCAUCGCUCGCUACAAAGCGCUCGUUCCCACCAUCGAAGCUGCUUUGGUGCGAACGGAGACUUACGCCAAGUGCUACCACUACCGAGAAGAUAUUGAUAAGGUGGUGGGUACUCUGGAAGACGUGAGGAAACACUGCGAGGAGGACGUCCACCCAGAGACCCUCGAAUCUCUGAUGCAGCUGAUUCGCGAGAGGGAGGUGAUGGUGAACCAACUCGAAAACCAGAGAGACAACAUUUUCACUACCAUUCAGCGGGGCAAAGACCUCUCCAGAGAUCACAAUGCCCCACUCUUUGUCAGUGCUAUGUUGCAGACUCUUGAAGCUAAAUGGACUGAAGCCUACAACGGUUCUGUCGAGAAACUGAAUAAGCUUAAGAACACACAGAAGGUCUGGUCAGACUAUACUGAACAGAAGAAUGAGAUCCUUAAACUUAUGGCACAAGCAGAGCUCGAGCUGUCUAAUGUGAUCAGUCGCUGCAACCCCCAGGAGGUGGCCAAUGAGCUGAGCAGCAAACAGGAAAUGAAUGAGCACCUGAAUGAGACCACAGACCAGAUGCUGCGAAAAUUGCACAGCCAUUCCACCAAUCUUGUCAGACUUGCUGAUCCAGAGAAGAAACCUUUGCUGGAGAAAGAAGUUGUUGAAAUUGAACAGCGUAUGCAAACAGUCAUUGAUACAGUCUCACAGAAGAUUGAAUACCUGGAGCAGCUGAACAUAAAGUGGAUCCACUUUACGGGCACCUUGCAGGAGAUGAAAUCAUGGUUAGCAAAUGCCCAGAAUAUACUAGAACGUUUAGUUACUCUUGAGAUGUCACCAGAAGACCGACAGAAUCAGACUAUUGAUCUCCGAGCAAAGAUCAACCAGAAGAUGGCUAUCAUAAAAACACUGGAGGAUGAAGUUGAAGAGUUAAUGGAGGGUGAACCAUCUACCGAAGCAGUUCAGUUUACUGGUGAACUUGGUGACUUAAAGACAAGCUUGUUAACACUUAAUAAGCACACAGAAAAGCAUUUUGAGACUGUCCAGCAUGACCUCACUCACUGGCAAGAAUACCAAGUAGGUGUACAGGAGAUCAGACCAUGGCUAGAAAAUGCAGAAACGAAAGUGGCUGUGGGCAUGGCAAGACCAAAUUCCAUGCCAGAGGCCAUUCAAGCACAAGACACAGCAAAGGAGUUUGAAAAAGAGUGUGAUGAGUAUCUGGAGAAACUUCGCACGCUGUCUAGUAAAAGUGCUCAAGUGGCCCGAAUUUGUUCAGUAGUAGAUGAAGUUGACGCUUAUCAUUCAAGGUGGACUGCUGUUCAUGAUGUAGCACUUCAGUGGAGUGAAAGGACGGAGUCUCUCUUGGCUGAAUGGGAAGACUUCAACUACAAAUGUGAUGCUGUAUCCUCAUGGGUGCAUCAGAUUGAAGAACGAAUGGAGACAGUCACUGAAUAUGCUCCCACUGUUUUACGACUCGAAGACCGAGUCAACAACCUGAAGGACAUGGACAAAGAACUGGCAGAAAAGCAGACAGAUCUUAUCAACUUGACUGCUAUUGGAGAUCACAUCUCUUCAGGGAUGGGUCCAGAGGGAAGUGCCUCUGUCAAGUCUACAGUAAGUGAGCUGAAGACUAUGAUCUCAAAAUUAGGGGAUGAAAUACGAAAAUUGAAGAAUGAGUUGUCAGAUGUAAUGGUUAUUCGUCAAGAAUUUCUUGCCAAGGUUGACAAGCUAGAAACCUGGCUUAACGGCUUUAGUAAUCAUCUAGAUGAACUGGAAGAUAUUGAUGUUGAUGAAUUAGAUGGGAGUCCAGACUUGGUGCAUCGCCUGCAGCAGGAACACGAUGAGAAGCAGAGUGAAGUAACAUCACUGGCUGAAGAAUGUCGUGAUGUUGGGGAUCGAUGCACAGGUCGAGACCGUGAAGAUCUCUUUACACAGUUUGAUGAUGCAGAAGCUCGUUUCGAGAAUUAUGGGCAGGUAGUUCAAUCCAAGAAACCUGCCAUUCUUAAGUGGCGUGACUUCUGGGAGUGGCAGAGCAAUACUGAUGAUGCCAUGAAGAGCAUUAGCCAACAGAUUGAUGCCAAGCCCAAUCUCAAUGAUUUAGAGCAGAUGAGGAAAGAAUUAAUGAAUCUUCGUGAACAGUGUCGUUCAUGGGAAGAUGAAGCAUCAUACAUUAUGGACUUGUGUAGAAAAAGCUCAACAACCAUCAGAGAUCCCGACACUGGAUCUGCUAUUGACAUUGAAACUAAGGUUCAGGAGUUCAGGAAGAGGAUGGAUUCUUUGGAAAGCAACCUUGACAACCGACAGGAUCAGCUGCAAGCAGUGAAUAGUCAGUGGGAAGCUUUCCAUCGUGUCAAGAAUCAAUUAAGUGAGUUCUUGGAUGGCAUUACAAAGAGAGUUACUGAUAAGGAGUUGAUGCAGAGUACCUAUUCAGGUGUACAGCACUUAUCAGAAGCUGUUGAGGGUGCACUGCAGGAGAUGCAGUCACAAGGUAAGAUGAAGGACAAGUUACAUGACUUGGGACGUGCUCUCAUGUCUAGUGACUCCACCCAACUAGUCUCUGUACAAAAUGCCCUCACAGCUGCAGAUGGGAACUGGGACCGUGUGCAGAAUAUGCUGUAUGAAAUGCAGACCAAGUUCACAAGCAUAACUUCCCUUUGGAGGCAGUGCACAGAUGGGCGUGAAUAUUUACAAGCUGCAAUUGCUGAGGCUCAUCGUAACAGUGACAAGUUGGAUGGUGUUCCAUCAGAAUCAAAUGUCGCUCAAAGUAUGAUGAAUCUUUGCAAGAAAACCAUUGAUGCUUUGCGCAGAACUAGACCACAACUAGAAAGCUUUAUUUCCAAGUCUCAGCAUCUGAGCCAACAGCUCGACAGUGAAAAGGGCUUCACCUCUGCUGAUGUGAGAAAACAAUCCCAGGAGACUCAAAAUAAAUGGCAGAGUAUGAUGGACUUCCUUAAUCAGCGCUCACAGAACCUAGAGGGUCAACUGGUGCUCUGGAAACAAAUUCUCCAAGGUCGAGACGAGAUCCUCACCUGGCUCAGUGAUACCUGUGAAGCUCUAGAUGAGACACAGAUCACCCAUGAAACAGAAGCAGCCGCAGAAAAAUUAGAGAAAUAUAAAAACGAGCUCUCAAACUAUGAAAGUCUCUUCCGUGGGCUUCAGAGUAGUGCCAAACAACUGGAGUCACUGAACAACUCAUCCUCCUUGACAAGGAUUGAGGAAAUCCUUAGCACUGUAACAGCCGAGUUUGAACAGACUGAAGCAGUUGCCUCCAAACUCGGUGCAUAUCUUGAGGAAAUGAAGGAGCAGGAGACGUCAGUCUAUGAGGAUAUUAGGGAUCUCAGUGAGAAUCUGUCUCAGAUUCGUGAUCGUUUGAUGAAGUGUGAAGACAUUACUGGAGAUGAUAAGAAGAUUUUGGUGCGCUUAGAAAUUGCCAAGAAGAUCGAAAGAGAAUUGGAAGAAUAUGAUGAUAAGAUCAAGGAAGUUAGAACGGCCAUUGAAGAACUAAAGGCAGGAUUUAAAGGUUUUGAGCCAAGUAAACUUGUUAAAGAAUUUACUGCACUGCAAAGGAAAUAUGAGGGACUUAUUGGACAAACUGCUAAGGCAUGCAGGAGUCUCCAGUAUGUUAUUGAAAAACAUUACCGAGACAGACUUUCAGAUCUGCAGAGGUUUUUGGCUGUCCACCAAGAAAAAAUUAUUUGGUGUCAGGCUGAGCCAGGCAGUGAUAGAUAUGGUGUGGAAGCCAAAAUCUCUGCAUUGUCUGAUGUCAAGUCAAGUCUCAAAUUAGGUCAUGCAAAGAGACAAGACCUCGAAAAAUGCCGGGAGCUGUUCGAAAAAGUUGUGGCAGCUGACCAGCGUGAAGCCAUCCAAGAGGAAUGUGAAGCAACUACCUCUGAAAUGGAAGAACUAAGCACACGCUUAGAAGAGUGUCAUGUGUCACUUACUCGCCUGUUAGAAUUGUGGCAACAGUACGAGCUUAUGACUGAAAAUUUGAGCUCUUGGUUGCGUGAGGUUGAGGCUCGUGUACGUACUGACACCAUGAAUCAGAUUGAUAUGACGAUGGUCCAGGAAAAGAUUGAAGAAACUGAGAAUCUCCUUGAGGAAGUCAAUAGCCAUGAUGAUGAGGUCUGUGAACUCAUGGAGAAAACCGAAGAGCUGAUGGAAGUCAAUCCUGAAUGUAGGGCCAGAGAGUAUGCCUCCCAGUUGAGAAAUAGGGUUCAGGCACUUGUCAAAUUCUGUAAUACAUUCCUUAACAAAUUAAAUCAGUUGACAAGUGAUCAAAAGUUGUAUUCAGAGACGAUUGAGAAGAUGGAGGAGUGGCUGAAGGAUGCAGAAGAGAAACUCCAAUCCUUCGAAAUGAUGACAAGUAGUGGAGGAAAGCCUACUCUGGCAUACCAGUCAAAAUUGCAAAGCCUCAAGUCCUUUGUGGAAGAGAAGAAAAAUGGACAGCAGCUACUCAAUGCUGUUGUUGAACACGGUGAGGCUCUCUUCUCAGCCAUUACUCCAGAGGGCCGUGAACAGAUCAGAACAGACUUGCGCACUCUCAGGGACACAUGGGAGGCUCAUUUGGAUAGGGUCAAUCAUCUAUACAAACGUGUAGAGGGAAUUAUUAUGCAGUGGUCUUCCUUUGAUGACAACUUCACUCAAGCUUCAAAAUGGCUGGAGGAGAUAAAGAGGCGAGCAGGAACAGAGUUUGACCUAAAACCAACUUUGUCUGACAAGAAGGCUCAGUUACAGCAGUAUAAGUCUGUGUAUCAGGACAUCAAUUCUCACGAGAGCAUGAUAUAUGGACUGAAGGAGAAGAUUGAGUUCUUGACCGAUGAUGAGACAUCAAAGACAGUAGAUGACAUGAUCGACCAAUACAGAGAGUUAGCCGUUACAACCCAGCAAAGGAUUGGACGGUGUGAGGAGAUCAUCCUGCAUCAUGAGAGCUUCUUACACAACACAGAAAAAUUCCGUGAUUGGCUCACUUCACAAAAGGCUGAGCUUGCAUUAUGUGCUGAUGUGUCACCAGAGAGCAGUGAUGUUGAAAUGAAGAUGGGCAUCCUAGAUACCCUUGAAUUGGGUGAGGCAGAGGGCCAGGGCCUCUUUGAUCUUUGUAGCGAGAGUCUGCAGCUGACCCUGAAAAAUACAGAUGCUUCAGGUCAUGCCUCCAUCAUAGCAGAUCUAGAGAGCCAAGAAAGGGGCUGGCGUAACCUUCAGUCUGAAAUUGCAGAUGGUAAGAGAAAAGUUGACGGCAUCAUGUCUCAGUACAAUGAGUGUGAAGAGGUGGUGCAGGCACUGAGAGACUGGCUCAAGAGCAUUGAAACCAAAGUCAAGGAUCAGUCUCUCAAGAGCAACCUUGAUGCAAAGGAAGCCCAUCUUGACCGCCUCCGUAAGUUGGAAGAGGAGAUUGUCAAAAAGGCUCCCGAGAUCAAUGAUGCUCUGACCCAGGCCCAGAGCAUGGACAAUGAGGGGAAACAUGCUGUCCAGAUCUCCCAGUUGUCUUCUCGCUACCAGGCACUCAAGAACGUUCUGAAGGAAAUGAUGAGUCGUUAUGAGAUGUUCAUCCGAGAGCAUCGUUCCUUCCUUGAAAAGUAUCAGGAGUGCCUGGAGUGGGUUGAGGCAGUGGACCUUGAUUUGCGUGAACAUGCAGAGGUAGUGGGAGACAUGAAGAUCCUGCAGAUGCGACGCAAUAAAGUUGAACAGUUAAUAGAACUCAAGUCAAGUCAGGCCAACAAGGUUGAUGCUGUACUGGAGUUGGGUGAGAGGUUGUAUGCCCACACAGCUCCCGACGGCCGUGAAAACAUUCGGCAGAUGCUGCGAGAGCUGCGUGAGCGCUGGGAAUCCUGGUGUGAUUCAGUCACCAAUGCUGGACUCACACUUGAUCAGUGUCUGCAGCAAUUCUCCGAUUUUUCUGGUGCUCAAGAACAGCUGACCCGUUGGCUGCGUGAUGUUGAGAUCGCUAUGCAGCAGCAUACCGAGCUGAAAAGCUCGUUGCAAGAAAAGACUGCACAAUUGCAGAACCACCGCCUUGUCCACCAGGAAAUUCAAGCCCACCAGAGUCUGGUGGAGAUGGUGUGUGAAAAGGCCCAAACCCUUGUCAACCAGACCCAGGACAAGACCCUCAAUGUGUACAUUCACUCCAUCAAGACACUCUUCCACAAUAUUGUGCUCAAGAGCCGUGACCUGUUAGAUAAACUGGACUUGUGUGUGCAGGACCAUGCUCAGUUCAACACUCUCUGCAAGAGUUUUGGGGACUGGCUGAACCUGCAGCGAGACCAGCUCCAUCUGUGUGCUGAUGUGUCUGGCGAGAAGUCAGACCUUACCAAGAAACUGGACAACCUGAAGAGGGUAGAAACUGAACUAAACACCUGUUCACAACUUGUUCCAGUGACACUUAUCGUUGCCAAGGACCUGGACACAGUGCACGGUUUGGGAGACAAGAAACUGAUCGAGCUCCGGACCCUGGGGGAGAAGGUGGCCCUGAGCACGUCGGAGCGGGGCGGGAAGGCCCUGCGAGCGACCAUCACCUCCAUGGAAGACGCCUGGAACCUGCACCUGGCUACCGUCGGCGACGUCCGCGAAAACCUGAACCGCACGCUGGAGCAGUGGCACCAGUUCGAGGAGGACCUGGAGCGUCACUCCGUGUGGUGCCGCGAGCUCGAGUCCUUCUUCAAGGACCAGCAGCCGUGUGCCACGCUGGAGGAGAAGCAGGCGCGCAUCGAGGUGCUGAGCCAGAAGCGCGAGGAGGUGGUCCGCUACGAGCGCGAGAUCGACGUGUUCGUGGACAAGAGCCACGCGCUCGUGCGCAUCUCGAGCAUCGACCGCCUCAAGCCGCUGAUCACGCAGCUGAGCAACCGCUACCAGGCGCUGCACGUGCUCACCAAGGAGGCCGUGACCAAGUGGCGCGGCGUCCUGGCCGACCACGUCUCCUACGAGGAGAAGUUCGACGAGAACGAGAAGUGGCUCGACACCAUGGACGAGUCGGUGGAGAGCCUGCUGAGCGAGAAGGACGCCGAGAAGAAGGAGAGCAAGCUGCAGCACCUGCUGAGCGAGCGCGAGCAGGCCACGCACCGCCUGGGCUCCAUCACCGCCCUCGGCGAGAGGCUCUACCCCGACACCGCCACCGUCGGCCGCGAGAAGCUGCGCAUGGACCUCAGGGCCAUGCGGGAGCGCUGGGAGAAGAUCGAGGCCUCCAUCGUGGAGCAGCAGCGCCGCCAGGAGGCCCAGACGCUGCAGUGGUCGUCCUUCUCGGACAGCAUCCAGGCGGCGAGGAACUGGCUCGACAACAUGGAGAAGACCAUCGUGGUGGACCCGUCCAACUGGCUCUCCGUGCAGGAGCUCCGCUCGAGGCUCCUCAAGCUGAGGACGACCCUUCAGGACAUCACCUCCCACAAGCGAGUCCUGGACACGGUGAAGGAGCGCGCGGGCUACCUCCUGCAGGCGUCCCCGAGCAACAAGGACGUGAUGGACGCCAUGGCCGAGGUGGAGGCCCGCCACGAAGCCCUCGCCGCCAACACGCGCAAGAACAUCGAGGAGCUGGAGUGGAUGACGGACAACCUGAGCGCCCACCAGGAGCUCUACGCGACGCACCAGGAGUGGCAGAAGGACAUGUGGGAGAAGCUGCACUCGCAGACGGACUAUUCAGGCAACAAGGGGAUGUUGCAGCAGCGCCUCGACCGCAUUGCAGAGCUCGAGGACGCCAAGAGCGACGGGCGUAACAUGAUCGCUAAGAUUGGCUCCCACGCCCACCAGAUCCUCGAGAAGCUCCCCGCCCGCGGCAGAGAGACCACGGAGAGGGAGAUCAAUAAUAUGAAGUACGAGCUGGCCAAGUUCGCCAGCACCCUCGCCGACGUCAAGCACGGGCUGGAGGAGCGGCUUCAGCAGUGGACCGAGUACGAGAGCACCUUCGACCGCAUCAUCUCCUGGCUGAACGAGUCCGAGGCCACGCUCAAGAACUACGGCCCCAGGAACUCGCUGCAGGAGAAGACCGAGCAGAUGGAGCGCUUCCAGGAGUUCCUUCGGGUAGUUGAUAGCCGACACGUGCUAGUGCAGGAGUUCAUUGCAAUCGCAGAUAACCUUGAACAAGGCCUGGUGUUCAGCAUCAUCCAGAACCAGGGCGAGAUCGACAAGAUGAGCGACGAUUCCUCAGAUUUGAUGGGCGUUUCGGGCGACACGAGGAUUUCCGUCAACGUCCAGCAGAUUACCUCACGCUUCAAGGCUGUGCAAGUUACGGCUAAGGAGAUCUUGAAGAAGUGUGAGGUUAGUGUGAGUGACCACAAAGCCUUCAUCGACAAAUACAACCAGAGCGUGGGCUGGCUUACUGCCGCUCAGGAUAAGCUAGGAAAGUGUAUCGAGAUGCAAGGCGACAGAGCAACGUUACAAAAGCGACUUGGCAUCAUCAAUGAGCUCUUGGCGGAGAAGCAGAACGCUCUCUCCCUUGUCAACAACACGGUGGAGCUCGGGGAGAAGCUCUACCCGACCACCUCCGACGACGGGCGAGAGGCCAUCAGGAUCCAGCUGGAGGACCUUCAGAGUGCCUUCGACGCGCUCUUCGACAGCUCCUCCACGAUGGAGAGGGACUUGCAGAAGAAGAUGGGCAGGUGGACCAGCUUCGAAGAAGCCAGUGAGCAGCUCAAGACGUGGCUGAAGGAAACUCAGGCACAGAUGCCAGAUGACAUCGAGCUCAAGACAACCUUGGAUGAGAAACGUGCACAGCUGCAGACUUACCGCAUGUUGCUGCACGACAUCCUUGCUAAACAGCAGACCAUCCUCGACGUGCGAGACAAGGCCGAGAACCUUCCCGAGAGAGCCGACAGAGUCAACUCUUUCCUGGAAUCAGCAUCAGCUCACCACCAGGAAAUGUUGCAGAGAAUACAGACUUACUUAGAACGGUAUGAGGCCAUCGUAAGUGACCAUCAGCAGUACUGCAAGGCUGUGUACGAGACACAGGAAUGGCUGGAUGCUACUCACAACACAGUAGAGAUGUGGGGUGAAUCCAGCAGCGACCAUAUUACCAUUCGUGCAAAUCUUGAAAAGCUUAAGAACUUGCAACUGAGUUUGCCAGAGGAAGAGCCAAGGAUCCAGCAGAUACGUACCCUUGGAGAGAAGGUCAUUCCUGGAACGGUGGAGUCUGGACAGAUCAAUAUCCGCACCCAGAUCGACACCACCCAGCAAGAGUGGCAAGGUCUCAUUUCAGCCGUUUCCUCAACUAUUGAAAGACUCGAGGGCACCUUGAACCAAUGGGGUGACUUUGAGACGAUGAAGGACGCCGCCCAGAGCUGGCUCAGAGAGACAGACAACAAACUCCAUGCUGUCAACUUGAAGGCAACGCUUCCUGAGAAGCAAGAAACACUGGAGAUGUUGAAGGCCCUCCAGGGUGAGAUCCGUGCCAAGGAGUUGGAGAUGGACCAGCUGACAGAACGUGCUCAGAACCUGUAUCAGAGCCAUUCUUCCAGAGGAUCGCAGGUCAGUGAACUCUGUGCUCGCUACCAGCAGAUCUCCACAAGGGUAAAGGAUGUGCACAGCAAGUGGCACCAGUAUGUGAGCUACCAUGCUGACUAUGACAGCAGGGUUACAGAAUGUCAUAACUUCCUCGGAGACAUCAAGAGAAAGCUCAGCUACUGCUCGGACCUGUCAGCCACAUCACAAGAUGACUUGGACAAAAAGAUGGAAACAAUUCAGGAUUUGUUACUCUACAAGGAGGAAGGAUUCUCCAAGGUGCAAAGCACUGUUGAGCUGGCACAGACCGUGCUGGCCAAUACAGCUCCUGCAGGCCAUGACCAGAUCAAUCAGGCAGUUGAGGAGUUGCAACAAAGCUGGAGUGCUCUUGCCUCAAAGAUGGUAGAAACUAAGACGUAUUUGGAUGAGACACUUCACCGAUGGGCAGGCUUCCUGGAAAACAUCCAUCAGCUGAACAAGACCAUCGAGCAUGUUGAGCACACACUCUCCGACGUUAGCCAAUUCCAGGCAACAUUGUCAGAAAAGAGGGCUCAGCUGGAGAGACUGAAAAGUCUAGAGGAAAAACUGCGAUGUGAGAAGUAUGAGGUGGAGAGCCUCAAGGCAAAGGCUUCUGAGAUGAUUGCCAGUGGACAGCAGGCACAAGCAGCCUCACAGGCUCAGGGCAUUCUCAAGCAAUUUGAAAAUCUCUCAGAACGCAUCAAGACCUUGCGUGGUGAGCGAGAAACUCAGUACCGUGACCACCGCCACUACAAAGAGGCCUACGAUGAUCUCCAUGCUUUCGUCAACAGGACAAGAGACAAGAUUCCAGCACUCAAGCAGAGGAAUCUUGGUGACAGGUUGUCCAUUGAGACAGCAGUACAGGCUCUGGAUACCCUGCUCACCAGACAGGCUCAAGGUCAAAUUCUGGUGGACCAGCUCCUCCACCGUGGGGAGGUGCUCCUCCACUCCACCUCACAGUCGGGCCAGGAGCACUACAGGAAUGAGAUGAGGGCCGUGAAGGAAAGCUUCGAGAGUCUUUUCCAGGACAUUUCCAAGCAAAAGGAGAACCUCCAGAAGACAGUUGUACAAUGGCGUGACUACAAAGACGAAUAUGAAAAGCUUUCCGACUGGCUGCAGAAGGCUGAUGCCGAUAUGAAGGCAUACAAGACGAUGCUUUAUGCCAGUAUUGGGGAGAAGACACAGCAGGUCAAUAAUGUCAAGGACCUACUUGAAAGUCUUGGAAAACAACAAGUUCAACUGAAGAAACUAAAUGAGCUCUCCCAGACGCUCCAGGAAACACACCUAGAUUCUUUCGUACAAAACCAGAUGCGGCACCUCAAUUCCCGUUACCAGGUCCUUAUUAACAUGGCAAAGGAUGUCCUUAGGAAGGUAGAAUCAAGCUUUGACCAGCAUCGCCAGUAUGAAACCUACAUGAGUAAGGCAAGAGAAUGGAUCGACAAUGCUCGCAUGGUUGUGCGGGACUGUGUCGAUAUGUCUCCUGACUCGGGCAAGGAAAGCCUUGAACGACACCUCGAGAUGAUCCAGUCAUUGAUGAGGAAGCAGGAGGAAGGUCAAGCCCUUGUUCACCAGACUGUCAACUGGGGUGAAAAAGUUCUUCGCAAUACACGCUCAGAUGGGCGUGAUACUAUUAAUGACUCAUUAGAGGAGCUUCAGAAUGACUGGGACAAACUGAUCAAGAAGUUAUCAAGUGCUAAAGUGACACUGGAGACUAAUCUUCUCCAAUGGGCUGACAUGAGUGCCUCUUACAGUAACAUGCAGCAAUGGAUCAGUGAGAGAGAGGCCAAACUCCAACAGCUGACAACGGCCAUGGCCUCCUCUUCCAAGAGAAGUUCAGGCUUGUCACACAGAAUAUCUACUCUAAGCAUUGGAGAGCGCAAGGCUAACCUUCGCCGUACAAGCAGCAUUGUUCAGGAUAUUGUAUCUUUUGAACCAAUGAUUGAAUCUGUUACUUCAAAGGCAACAGAAAGCCAAGCCAGCCAGGUAAAGAGCAAUGCGUCAGAGAUCUCGAGCAAAUACCAGAGCUUGAGCAAGCAAGCCAAGGAACUUCUUGAGAAGCAGAAAGAUAUGGUAGACCACCACCAGGAGUUUGUAGAUGCAGGUAACGAGUUCAUGCAUUGGCUCAGGGCUGCCAAGGAGAGGAUGGCCAAGUGUGCAGAGCCAACAGGUGACAAGGAUACCAUCAGUGGUAAAGCAACUAUCCUCAAGAUGCUACAGAACGAACAAGAGGAAGGCCAAAAGAAACUAGACAAGGCCUUCCUCUUAGCUGAGAGGGCAUGCAACUUGGCUGAUGAUGAGGACAAAGAAGUCAUAGAAGAAGAAGUGGCAUUCCUGCAAGACGAAUUUGACACUUUCCUGGGUCAAGUGGGUAAGACAAAGAACCUUCUUGAAAUGGGAAUUGUCAAAUGGACAGAAUAUGAAGAUAAAUUCCGAGAGUGUGAAGAAUGGCUAGCCAAAAUGGACGGCAAAGUACAGACUUACAACAAGCUUCAAAACACUGUGAUGGAGAAGAGAUCAGUCCUGGAAGAAUUCCAGGCUCUCCUCCAGAGCAUUUUUGACUGGCAGAAGACGCUGGAUCUUUUGAACAUGCGAGCCCAGCUCCUGCUUGAGACUUGUGCUGAUUCCCGUGUGAGUAAUGCCGUCACACAAUUGACUACAAAAUAUAACACAUUGCUAUCACUUGCCAAGGAGGUGAUGCGCCGCCUGGAGAUGCACUUCCAGGAGCAUCAGCAGCACAACCAGCUCUAUAGCGAGUGCAAUGAUUGGAUUGACCGCACCCGUAAGAAGCUUCAGGAGUGUGCUGGCGAGACCACCUCUACGGAAGAACUGAAAGAGAGGCUGGCCACAGUCAAGUCUAUUAAGAGCACUCUGGAACAAGGCCAGCACAAGCUACGCUAUGUGCUGGAGCUGAAGGAACGUGUCAUACUGAACACAGAACAGGCUGGUGCAGCCACUAUACAGGAAGAUACAGAGAAUGUACGCAAGGACUUUGAGAAGUUAAUGGGCGAUAUAUACAGCCUACAGCAAAACCUUAGCUCCAAGUUAUCCCGACGUGAAGAGACAGAUAAGAUGCGUGAGACUGUCGUAGAAUGGCUCGAUGAACUCCACUCUAAGGCCACUGAGCAGGGUGUCUUGUUCAGUGAGCUGAGUGACAAGCGAGCUGCUCUUGAGAAAUACAGAAUCUUGUUGCGAGAUAUUGCUGCUCACUGUGAUAUGGUAGAACGCCUGGCAGCUAAGAAGAAUGAUGAGGGAUAUUCAGAGGAAGAAGUUGAAGAAUGUAUCAAAAAGUACGAUAAUAUUAAGAAGUUGGUCAUUGAUAAUAUCAAGACACUGGAGGUAUAUGUAAGAGAGCAUGAGGCUUACUACCAAGCUACAGUCGAGGCCAAUGACUGGCUGAGGAAGCUCCGCAUCACUGUGCAGCAGUAUGCCGACAGCCAUGGUGAGAAGAAGGAGGUCAUUGAAAAGCAGCAGCAGCAAGAGGACAUCGCUGAAGAGUUCCCUGAAGGAGAGGAACUCAUUGACAAAGCCAUUUCACUGAACAGAUCCAUCAUGGCCUCGACUUCCCCAGACGGCCAAGACACACUGAAAAUCGAGGCCGACACCCUUCGUAUGGAGUGGGAGAACCUCCAGCAGAUGAGCGCAGACACCCGACGCACAAUGGAGAAGUGCCUCCAGGCCUGGGACGACUUCUUCGACUCUCACAGGGCGUUCAGCGAGUGGCUGACGGAGUUCCAGAAGCAGGUGUCACACUCCCCCGAGGAACCCACCCCAGAGGACCUCGAGAAAUGGAAGGAGCUCCUGCUGGAGGCUAACAACAAGAAGACGGACCUGGAGAUCGUCAACGACCGCUGCGAGGUGCUCAUGGAGUACAGCGCCCACAUGCCCAUCAGGGACAUGACGGUGCAGCUGCAGUCCAACUAUACCAACGUCCUCACCAACCUGCAGAGUCUCGUGGUCAUCGCCCAGAAGACCCUCACGGACCACACCGAGUUCGUGACCGCCAAGGACGACUUCGAGCGCUGGCUCAACCGCUCCCAGGGCACCGUCAACGACUGCGAGGAGGAGACGGGAUCGGAGGCCACGGUCCGUGACAAACUGGAGACGGUGAAGCUGGUGUCCACCCGACUCUCCGAAGGGCAGCACCUCCUGGGCGUCCUGGCGGAGGCCUACACCCGCGCCCUCAACGUGACGCAGGUAGACCAGCAGGAGCUCAUUCGCACGGAGUUCACGAGACUCCGCGCCGAGUGGGACCAACUCAACAUCUCGCUCAACUCCACGCUCUCGAAGCUCAAGGGCGCCGUGAGUCGCUGGGAGGAGUUCGCAGAGUCCCAGACGCGCCUCGACGCCUGGCUGGUGGAGGUGGAGGAGCUGCUGGUGGAGACGCCCGACUCCCGCGGCGAGGUGGCGGAGAUGAAGACGUUCCUGGAGCGCUACAAGAACAUCUCGCUGCAGAUCCAGGAGAAGCAGGAGGAGGUCCAGACCCUGCUGGACGACGCCGAGGAGUUCGCCGAGAUGUCGCAGAACAGCGCGAUCCUGACGCGCGUCGAGGAGGCCGAGUCCAACUGGGAGCGCCUCAACAGCCUCUGCUGCGAGAUCAUCGCCAAGCUGGAGGAGGAGAUCUCGGACUUCAACGAGUACCAGGUGGCGCUGCAGGACACCGAGAAGUGGCUGCUGCAGAUCAGCUUCCAGCUCAUGGCCGAGAACUCGCUGUACAUCUGCAACCGCGAGCAGACGGAGGAGCAGAUCGAGAGCCACAACGAGGAACUGGAGGAGAUCCUGGAGUACCAGGGGACCCUGGACGAGGUCAAGAACAAGGGCCGCAAGCAGAUCGACCGCUACAUCGGCACGGUGCCCUCCAUCCAGGACAAGAUCGAGCGGCAGCUCCACAACAUCCAGGAGAGCUACAACUCCCUCCUGGCGACGGCCAACCACAUCCAGAAGCGACUCAACGAGUCCCUGGCCAAGUUCGAGGAGUACGAGGCCACUCUCGAGUCCAUCCAGAAGAACCUCGAGGAGUGGGAGCCCACCAUCAACGAGGAGAACGACACCACCAUCCAGAGCAUGGAGGAGGCCAAGUACCACCUCGAGUGCACCAGGUCGUGGCACAGCAAGCUCCUGGGAGAGAAAUCCCGCCUGGCCUUCGCCGUGCAAGCCUGCGAGGCCGCCACAGCCUCCAUCUCCCGCCCCGGAUCGCCGCAGGAUGUCAUCUCGCAGAGCAUCCCCGAGAAGGAGCUCGCCGUCAGGGCCAAGCUGGAAGAUCUCAUCGAGCAGCUUGAGCGCGGUGAUGACGUCACAGACAUCCGACGCGCGGCCAUGGUGGCUUCCUACGGCGUGUGCAAGCAGGUGGAGGAGUCGCUGACGGCGCUGGUCUCCCAGGUCCAGGCGCGCGUGACGACCAUCAGCAACUCGGUGGGCGAGCUGGAGGAGCUGGCGCGGCAGAACGACGCCAUCAAGAAGUGGAUCGAGGAGUACCACCUGCUGGUGCAGGACUUCAAGAGCCGGCCGGCCAAGCUGCGUCCGGAGGCGUCGGCGAUGGAGAUCUCGCAGAUGAACGACCUGCGCUCCAAGAUCAUGGAGAAGCAGAGCAUCCUGGACGAGCUGGAGAUCAAGCAGAUGAACCUGGCGCCGGACAUGGCCGACUCGGACAUCCGCGAGCAGAUGAACCGCCUGGAGGAGGAGGUGACCAACCUGAUGGACUCGCGCACCGUGGUCCUGCAGCACAUCGAGGAGUACCGCAGCAAGUUGCAGAGCGUCUACAGCUGGUUCGACACCAUCAUCAAGCAGCUGGAGAAGUGCGACAAGAGCGACAGCCUGGACUCGUUCAAGAAGUCCGAGGAAGUGCAGCAGCUGUGGAACCAGUUCGAGGACGCGCGCUCGCAGCUGGAGGAGCUCAAGCAGAAGGCCGGCGAGGUCAUGCUUGAGCUCUCCAGCCUAGACGUGCAGCAGGUCGAGGAGCAGCUGCGCUCGGUCGAGAAGAAGUACUCCGACCUGCAGAAGCGCGUCGGCAAGAAGAUGCAGGUGAUCGAGAUGACGCGUAAGGGCUACGAGGACUCCAAGGCCGACGUCCUCAACCUCCAGACGUGGAUCAAGGAGAAGCUGGAGCACCUGCGGGACCUGCCCUUCCUCGGCUUCACCAGCAAGGCCACCGAGACCAGCCUCCUGGAAGUCAGCAACCUGUCGAAGGAAGUGUCCGCUAAGAAGAUGCUGCUGACCCAGCUCGAGAAGGCCGUCGAGAACCUGAAGGGCGACGUGGAGGACUCCGAGCUUGAGAAGCUGGAGAACAUCCUGGCCAAGACGACGGAGGAGCAGGCCGUGCUGCAGGCGACGGUGUCGGAGGUCAAGAACGACAUGAUCGUGUCGUACGAGGAGCGGCGCAGCUUCGAGCAGUCCCUGGAGCAGGUGCGGGCGUGGAUCCGCAGCAAGGCUGACGAGGUGGUGUGCCCCGACCUGCUGGCCCUCAAGUCCGAGAACGCCGAGCGCGUCGUCGAGAAGUACAAGCGCCUCGACACGGAGCUCAAGCAGUACGCCGAGACGAGCAUCGCCGGCGUGAAGAGGCAGGGAAGCGCGCUCUUCAAGGACUGCAACGACGAGGAGAAGGACGAGCUCCACGACAUCCUCACGGAGGUCGACGAUAACAUGAACAACAUCCGCCAGACUCUGUCGGGAACAAUCAACAGGCUCUCCAACCUCCUGGAGGCAAGGAGGGACUUCGAGAAGGAGGUGGACAUCGCCCAGAAGUGGCUUCACCAGGCUGAGGUCGCCCUCCAGACGGAUAUCAAGAGCCUGAAUACUGCUGACGUCCUUGCCGAACAGCUGAAGAAGCUGGAGACGAUGGAGGACGAGCGCGAGUCCGCCAGCAAGCGAGUGACGAGCAUCGCCAACAUGUGCGAGGACCUGCUGCCGUACCUGACCGAGUCGGACAAGUUCAGCCUCGGCGAAAUCGUUCGAUCUCUGCAGGACAAGACGUCGAGGGUCAACUCCUCCAUCAGCGACAAGACGGAACAGGUGCGCAACACCAUCACGCUGCAGCGCCGCAACACCGAGAGGAUCGUGCAGAGCACGCAGUACCUCGCCACAAUCCAGAAGGAGAUCAAGUCCCUCAGCAGGCCGGUGGGCCGCCACGUCGAGGACGCCCAGAAGCUCCUCACGUCGUACCAGGAAGCCCUCAAGAAGGUCAACGAGUUCAGGAAGAGUCUGGAUGACAUGUGCGCCAGCUCUGACGUGAGCGUGGGAGAAAUGCGCGACAUGAUCAAGCAGCAGCAGGAAAUGAUCUUGAUCCUGGAGAAGCAGAUCACCAGGAUCCGCCAGCUGAUUCUGGUGCGGCAGCAGUACACCUCUCUCGUCACGGAGAUCUCCGGCUUCACCAACCGCUACACGACGGUGGUGAGGGACAUCGAGCAGACGGAGCGGACCGUCACCGAUAAACUGCGCAAGUACGGAGAGGUCAUCACCAGGAUCCAGGAGUGCGAGGCGCAGCUGACCUCGGCGCAAGACAAGGGUGCCAUCAUCAGCGAGGAAGGCACUGUGGAGGACCACAACGCCAUCACGGAGCAGCUGCAGGCUCUCAAGGUCUCCCUCAGCGGACUGCGCCGAGAGGUCGAGAAGAGGCAUUCGGAACACGAGCUGUCAGCCGAGAGCCACAAGCGCCUGACGGUCGAACUCAACAUGACUAUGGAGUGGCUUUUCGAGCAGGAGUCCGAGCUCAAGACCAGGCCUCUUCUCACCCUGGAGGUCGAGAGCGCUGAUGAGGAGCUCGAGACGCAUGAGGAACUCGCUAAGGACAUCGAGGAGCAGCUGAAGAAGAUAGCUGACAUCCAGGAGCGCGCCAAGCAGGAGAGCGGCCUCCCAUACAUCUUGCAGGAGCGACUGUCCGAGGCCAACAUGGUCGUUGCUACAUUCCCUCUCGAGCUGGAGUCCCGACUCAAAUACCUGAAGGACGCCAAGAUCCUUCGCCUGGACUACGAGGACUUCACCACCAAGAUCAGCGACUGGAUCACGGAGGCCAGGAAGCGCAUCGUCGACGCCGACGGCAUCGACUACGAGAACGUGCGCUCCGACCUGGAGGACCACCUCGCCUACUUCUCGAGCGAGGGUCUCAUCGGCGAGUCCUUGGAGCAGCUCGGAAACAUCGCCGAGCGCAUCGUGCCGUCGCUGGCCACCGAGGACCAGGAGGAGCUCACGAACGAGCUCUCGCAGCUGACGAAGGACCUCGACAACGUGACCAAGUCUGCGCGCGACCACAAGGCCCAGCUGGAGAAGAACGUGCAGCUGGUGUGCGAGUACAACGGCAACCUCGAGAAGGCGCUCGGACUCAUCAAGGAGGCCAACAGCAACCUCCUGCAGGACGACAGCGCCAUCAACGUGGCCGCGCUCAGGGUCAACCUGCAGAGGGUCGACGAGGAGCGCGUGCGCCUCUACGACCAGGGCACCGUCAUCCUCGACUACACCGAGAAGGCCAAUGAGGUCCUGCAGGUCGUCAACAAGGACAGCCACGUCCUCGUCGGCAACCAGAUGAUGCAGGUCAACAGGGACUGGAAGACCGCCCUCGAGAACAUGGACAACAGGCGCGAGGCCCUGGGGUCGCUCAUCGCCCAGUGGACCGACUACGACAUGGCCGUCCGCAGCCUCGACCUCGGCCUCAACAACCUCGAGUCUCAGCUCGAUAAGGAGCUCGACCACGCCGCCACGGACAACAAGGACAUCGACGGACUCAAGGAGAAUAUUGAGAGUCUGAUGGAGGAGGCCGAGGACCUGGAGGAGGAGGUGGAAGGCCUGCAGGAGAGGGCGAACGUUGUCCUGCGCUACCUGCACACCGUCAGCGCCGUCGCCUACGCCACCGCCAAGGAGAAUCUGGAGAGGCUGACGAGGAGGCAUCCUGAGUGA